AUGGCAGCCUGAGCUGCAGCGAUGGCACAGGACAACUCCUCGCGGGUGACUGAAUUCAUCCUCCUAGGGCUCUCCGACACCCAGGGGCUGCAACUCCUCUUUUUCACCCUCAUCCUUCUGGCCUACACCAUGGUCCUGCUGGGCAACCUCCUCAUCAUUGUGACAGUCAGGACGGACCCCAAGCUCUCCUCGCCCAUGUACUUCCUCCUCUGCAAUCUGUCCUUCCUCGAUAUCUGCUACACCUCUGUCACAGCCCCCAGGGUGCUGGUGUCCCUGCUCUCAGGACACAAGGCCAUUGCCUUUGAGGGCUGCAUGGCCCAGCUGUUUUUCCUGCACUUUGUGGGUUCCUCAGAGAUGUUCCUCCUGACGGUGAUGGCGUUCGACCGCUACAUGGCCAUCUGCAGGCCCCUGCACUACACGGCCAUCAUGGCCCGUGGGGCCUGCUGGGCGCUGGUCGCUGCCUGCUGGGCUGGGGGCUUUAUCCACUCUGCUGUCCAGACCGUGCUCAUGCUGCAGCUGCCCUUCUGUGGCCCCAACACCAUCAACAGCUACUUCUGUGAUGUGCCGCCCGUCAUCCGCCUGGCCUGCGCCGACACCGCCCUCACUGAGUGGCUCAUGGCCUCCAACAGCGGCCUCAUAUCCCUGGGCUGCUUCCUGGUGCUGGUGGCCUCAUACGCCCUCAUCCUGGCCAAGGUCCAGGCCCGCGUCUCCCAGGGGAACUGGAAGGCCCUGUCCACCUGUGCCUCACACGUGAUGGCCGUCACCCUGUUCUUCAUGCCCUGCAUCUUCACCUACCUGCGGCCCGCUGGGACCUUGCCCACCAGCAAGUACGUCUGUGCCAUCUACACCAUCCUGUCACCCAUGAUGAACCCCCUCAUCUACACCCUGAGGAGCAGCGAGGUGAAGGAAUCCAUGUGGAGACUCAGGAAGCGCUGCAGAACCUUCUGA